GCACAUGCGCAGUUAAUGCAUUCCAUUUUCUGCUUCACUUUCGCCGUUUCUUGGGACGCUGUUUAAUCUUUCUCACAUAGAAACGAUAUCAAGAGCAGCCAACGAGAAUCAGGAUAGCAGGAGAUAAAUACUGGUAUAAAGAGAAGAAGGGAAUGCAGUCAUGAGGCUAAAGACUUCACUUCCAAAAGAACCUAAGCAUUCUGAGCUGGUGAGUUGCGUUGCCUGGACAACAUCCGAAGAGCUGUACUCGUGCAGUGAUGACCAUCAAAUCUUACGCUGGAACCUCCUGUCUGAUGAGACUAGCAGUCUAGCCAAACUACCCAAUGAUAUCUAUGCUACAGACAUUCAUUUCUUUCCCAGGGGACUGGGAGGAAAGACUAAGCAGUCCCAAUCAGAUGUGUUUGUGUUGACAUCAACUGACGGUAAAUACCAUUUGAUAUCCAAGUCUGGUAGAGUAGAGAAAUCUGUAGAUGCGCACAGAGGGGCUGUGCUGUCUGGGAGGUGGAGCUACGAUGGUACUGCCAUGGCAACAGCAGGUGAAGACGGUCAGGUCAAGAUAUGGUCUCGUAGUGGAAUGUUGCGCUCAACUCUUGCACAAACAGGUUCAGCUGUAUAUUCAAUAUGCUGGUCACCUGACUCUGAUCAGGUGCUAAUAACCAAUGGUAAACAGCUCAUUAUCAAGUCACUUCAGGCCAAUGCUAAACCACUUCAGUGGAAAGCCCAUGAUGGUGUCAUCCUAAAGGUUGAUUGGAAUCCAGUUAAUAACCUUAUCCUGUCCGGUGGUGAAGACUGCAAGUAUCGUGUCUGGGAUUCCUACGGUCGUCAGCUCUAUAGCUCCCAUGCUCAUGACUAUCCCAUUGUGUCUGUAGCGUGGGCUCCAGAUGGAGAGCUCUUUGCUGUCGGCUCUUUCAACACCCUGAGGUUGUGUGAUAAGAGUGGGUGGUCUUACGCCUUGGAGAAACCCAACACUGGUAGUAUCUUUCAUAUAGCAUGGAGCGGAGAUGGUACACAGGUUGCAGGGGCUUGUGGGAAUGGUCAUGUGAUCUUCUCUCAUGUUAUCGAAAGGCGGUUGGAAUGGAAGAACUUUGAGGUCGUUGUCACUUCAAAUAAGUCGAUCAGUGUCCGUAAUGUCACAAAUGAUGCCAAAGAGAAGCUUGAAUUCAGAGAUCGUAUCAUCAAGACUGCCUUAUCAUAUGAACACCUUGUGGUAGCCACUGCUUCACAGUGCUACGUUUACAGCACCAAGAAUUGGAAUACCCCAAUGAUAUUUGAUCUGAAGGAAGGCACUGUAACACUCAUUGUACUAGCUGAGAAGCAUUUUGGAAUCGUAGAUGCUGCUGGACUUCAUCUUUAUACUUAUGAGGGUCGACUGAUCUCAUCCCCCAAGUUUGCUGGGAUGCGUGCAGACACAUUGAGUUCAUUGACAUUGUCCAUCUGCGCUGACACCGUAGCCAUCAGGGAUAAGACCGAUGAGAAGUUGGUUCAUCUGUUUGAAGCCAACACAGGCAAGCCACUGGAAAGCAAACCAUUAGCACACAAGCUUGAGGUAAUGGAGAUAGCCCUUGACCAGCAAGGUCCAGCCGCUGACCGUCAUCUGGCCAUAGUGGACAAGAACAGAGAUCUAUAUCUCGCAACUGUCCGCAACUUUGGCAAGCCAGCCAAGAUCAUCAAACUAGGUAACAUGGUAACCAGCUUUGCCUGGAAUGAUACGACCAAUGUGUUAGUGGCCCUCCAGGAUGGUAAAUUCACUAUCUGGUAUUAUCCUAAUGCUGUCUACGUUGAUAAAGAUCAGCUGCCAUUCUUUGUCAAGGAUGCUAGUGACUUUGGUAAGAAUCCAACUAUAGUAGACUUCAUUGGUACCCAUGUGACCAUCAGGAGGGCAGAUGGAGCGUUGAUCGGUACCACGGUGUCCCCCUACCCCGCCAUGAUGCAUGAACUGGUGGGAAGCAAGAGAUGGGAGGAUGCCGUCAGGCUUUGCAGAUUUGUCAAGGAUGAUGCCCUAUGGAGUUGUCUUGCUACCAUGGCAGCCUAUGAUAAAGAGCUUGGUACUGCUGAAAUAGCAUAUGCUGCAUUAGACGCUGUUGACAAGGUGCAGUACAUCCAACACAUCAAGGAGCUGCCUUUGAAGGAUGUCCGCAAUGCAGAGAUGGCGUUGUUCUGUGGUAGCCCUCAAGAUGCGGAAGGAAUCCUCCUCCAGGCCAACCUCACCUUCAGAGCAAUCCUCAUGAACAUUGAACUCUAUAACUGGGAUAGAGCCUUGGAGUUGGCAGUCAAGUACAAGACUCAUGUCGACACUGUCCUUGCAUAUCGCCAGCAGUUUCUUGAUAGCUUUGAGAAGAAGGAAACUAGCAAGCGAUUCUUGCAGUACUCUCAAGGGGUGGAUGUAAACUGGGAAAACAUCCAGGCCAAGAUUGAGAUGGAAUAUCAGAAAGAGAGAGGAGGAAAAUAGACUUAAUGAAUAUAUUGCACAGAUCCUUGGUUAUCCUCAAGAGGCCUUGAUUAUUAUAAGCUCUAUUUAUAUCUUUAUACAUGAAGGUGAACAUCUUGAACCAAACCUUGAAAAGCCUGUAGAAUAUGGCCAGCAACCCCCCCCCCCCCCUUAUUUCUUUGAUGAGAGGGGUAGUUUCACAAAGAUUUAUGUAUGACUUCAAUCUUUAAUCACAAUUAAAUGUCAAUGCGUAUGUGAUAUGCAACACGCAAUCUUAUUGAUUAAUACACAGUAGUAGUCGUCCUCUUGACAUGAUCUGACCAAUGCAGUCAUGCCUUUUAUACCGCAUGCAACGCGGCAUUUGAGUGCGACUUUAAGUCAUACAUAAAUCUUUGUGAAACACCCCCCUGGAAAUAGUGAAGGCUACAUUUUGACUGCAUGUUUUCAAAAAUCCAUCUAGUUUCAUUUAAUCAUUAAGUGAUGUAGUAGUGAUUUACCUUACUGUUUAGAAUAACUAGAAUUUUGUGAAGAAACCAGAAGAUCAAUGGCUUUAGGGCCUCUGGAGGGACUUGGUGUAAGGGUGAGUAACCAUUAAGAACAUUGAUGUGGCUUCAAAAUGUGGUGCUUUAAUAUAUCAAAGCUCUAAGGAGUCCCCCCCUGUGGAACAACCAGGGGGGGGGGGCUGUCCAUAAAGCUCUUCGUAAGUGCAGAGUGAUUUUAAGAACAACUGGUGAUCCUUUCUUGUGGUAAAUGAUAUUCUCCAUCAAAUUUCACUGGUGAUUACUUAGCACGUAAGAAAGGUUCACCAGUCGUUCU